UUCCUGUUUGUCCUGGUUUUUUUGUUUCCCUUCGAUAGAAGACGAUGCAGGAGAAGGAUGGUGGCGGCUUUUACGUUUCGAAACAUAAUUUACCAUUGCGUGUGCAAAUCACCCCAGGAAAAGGACGUGAAUAUGUAGCUUCGACAUCAUUGGCCUCGGAUCAAAUCGUUUUCAGAGUGCAUCCUUUUGCUGCAGCCAUCUUUGAUAGUUCCAAGAAACGCGUGUGCGCUCAUUGUCUUUGCACGCAUCCCACUCGAUUUUUCCGACUUCACUGUACUGGCUGUGAUCAAGUAUAUUUCUGUUCCCGCCCGUGUGCUGACCAAUACCUCGGUGACGGAACACAUCAACAAUUAGCAUGUGGUGCGUUGCGCAAACUCGCUACCCUCAAAGCCGAUCGUCAUGGUAAAAGUGUUGCCAAGCUCGUGGUGUUGAUCCUGUGGCAACGUCAACGGGCCGCUCCGAUGUGUGAGGACGCCACCAUUCCACCCACCUAUGACGACGUGAAAGCACUCGAAUCGCAUUACAGUGACUGGUCCAUCGACCAAAUCCAGGAAUGGCGGCGGCUGCACCAGUUCUUUACCAAACAUCUCGGCCCUCUUUUACCACCGAACCAAACAAUGACAGAUAUCAUGCAUCUCGUGUCACGGAUUGAAUCCAACGGGUUCGGCAUAUUUCUUGAAAAGGCACUCUCCAACGCCGAUCCUAUUGGUCGAGCCAUCUAUCCGUUGGCCUCGCUCUUGAAUCACAGCUGUGAUCCCAAUUGCGAAGUAGAACAAUGUACCGAGCAUAAUUUGAACGAAGAGGAAUUACCUAUUGUUAUCGAUCCAUCAUCACACGGGCCCGACGACGCUUCACCCCCGGCUUCGGCUGCACUGAAAAAACGCACUAAAAAGCACAUGAAGCAAUCCAUUGCCAAGCCUUCACCUACCACCUAUUAUCCGCCAGAAUUCACACAGCCACGCGGAUCGUUUCGCAUGAUGCUCAUACGUACCCUCCGGUCCGUCCCAAUGGACGAACCCUUGACCAUCUCCUACGUCGACACUUCCCUUCCCGUGGCGGCCCGUCGCCAAAAAUUAUUACAAGACUACUAUUUCGAAUGUCAAUGUGCCAAAUGUUUACGCGAUCUUGAUCGCUAGGCCAAUUUGUUUAUUCCGCAUUCCAUGUGCUACAGUAUGUACAUAUAAAAAAGUAGACUUGGGAAUCAUGUUGGAAAAACCAAUAUCAAUAAAUAGAGUAAAAAAGACCGGCGUCAUCUAGCCAGACAGACAUGAACAAACUCUUUUUUUUUUACAAUGAAUAAAUGAUGAUCGGUUUCAGAAGUUAAUAUGGGUGGCCGCUCUUUGGGUUUACCUUUUUUAAUCUUAUCUGAU